AUGGCUGCUGUUCGUCUGUCCAGAUCGUUUCCCCUGACCAUCGAGGCCACGAAGCGACUAAAGCCCGGCUCCGAUUCUGCGGCGUAUGUUCACAGCAUCGUCAAAUUCCUUGCAGAUCACUCGCACAGUGUAUGCUCGCUGAAGCUCUUCUUUGGAGUACAGCCGGAGUACGAUGGGUUAUGGACUGCUCUACGUCAUCUGAGCAUGCCGAAGCUCACAACCUUAGAGCUGACGGCGAACCAUCACUCAUACCUCCCGGUCCACAUCCCAAACCGAUCUUCGCUGCGUCAAUCUGUGUCCGCCGAAGAUGCGAUGGGUGAUGGCCUUCCUGCCUUGACACAUUUUGCAUCUAACAUCGAGUACCCCUUCGACGUCGCGCUCUUCGUGUGCCCACGUGGGUUACCCGCGACUUUGACAUCCUUGGAGCUGACAGCCUCUGAAUUGUAUCUUGGGGAUCUUCUGUCGUCUUUGACAGCAUUUCCAAACCUGCAGCGGCUUAUCUGCGACGGGUCCCUGGCCAGGAGGGGCCAUUUCGACGCAUGCCAGCAUGCCCCAGAACAGUUUCUAGCGCCUGGCAAGGCGAUCCACUUCGCUCGCCUGCGGACUCUGGUCCUUUGCGAAUACCAUCCUGGCCUAAUCGAGUGGUUCUUCCGGAGCGUGAUCCUUCCACCGCAGACGGAUAUCACACUUCACAUAAUGAUGACGCUCGACGCCGAUAUCCAAGGGUUGCCUAGUCUUUAUUUGAGAGAGACUCUUGAGCGUCACUUACGAGGGGCCUUAGAUGCACAAUGGAAAUAUGGUCUGCUUGAGCAUCAGGGGGGUCGAAGGGGGAUGGACGUGUGGUCUCUCAAAGAUCCUGCUAAGCCAGGAGCGAUAUCUUGCUCUGGUGAAAGUUUGGGUCGAAUCGAGAUCCUGGAGUAUACCACCGGAGACGAAUACGAUUAUCCCGUCGGAUCUUCUCCUUCGACACAAGAGACCUUUAAGGAUCUAUUGGUGUACAACUAUAAGUACCGUGGACCCUAA